AUGCUUACUUUUUAUCAGAAAGUUUAUUUUUCAAAAUAAAGCUAUGAUAUAAUUUUGAAAUAAAUUUAAACUACAAUAUAUAAUAAAUAGGUAAAAAUUCAGUAGAUUACCUUAAAUUUUAAAUUAAAAUUAAUAAGUUUUAAGAUCUUUUAUGAUAUUAAAUUAUAUAUAUUACCAAAAUAAAUUAAUAAAUAAUUGAAAUAAAUUUUUUAUUUAUUUUUAAACUAAAUUUAGGGUAUUAAUAUAAUUAAAAAAAGGAGUGGUUUAAAAUAGAAUAUAAUUUAGAUGCAACAAAAUAUAACUAGCGCUGAUACCUUUUUUAAAGAAGAGAAAGAAAUAAUACAAAUAUAUGCAAACUCUAACUCAAUAGUUUAAGAUUUAGAAAAAUUUUUGGAAGUUUAAAAAAUUGAUUAGGAGAACAUUUACAUGUUAAACAUAAAAAUGUAAAAUAAAGAAUAAACCACCGAUCAAAAUAGCUCAUAAAAAUAAAAUUUUUUGCCUUAGACAAUUGACUUGCAUGACUUUAAUCUAUUUAAUCCAAAUAUUUAAAUUUUGAAUUUAGAUUUUCAAAACUAAAAAACUAUGCACCAUUAAGUACUUAAAUCAAUUCUAGAACAAUUGAAAGUAUUUUGCUUCAUUAAAUGUGUUAUUAUUACACCUAGAGAAAAAUAAAUAGCUUCAACAAGUUUACUUCAUAUUUCGGGUUUUAUUGAGUAAUUAAUAUACCUAGAAAGUAUUGAAGUAAUAAUACCACAGAACAAAAUAGAUAACAGUGAUGUAAACAAGUUGCUUCAAUCAAUCUAGAUGUAGGUUAAUUUAAAAUAAAUUAAAGUAGUCUUCCAAAAAUUAGUGAAAAUUGAUAACAUUAAUUUUAAGCUAUUAUCUUAGAUACUAAGCAGCUGCACUUUAUUAUAAAAUUUGCAUUUAACAUUUACUAGGAUACAGCAUUCGUUUAGUGAUAUAAAUUUAUUUUUUAUAAAUUUGUAAAAUCUUAAAUUCUUAAAAAACUGGGAACUCAAUAUAAUUGUAAUUCUAUCAAAUAAUUUCUAUGUUGCUGUUAAUUAUCAAGAAGAAGUUAAGAUAAUGUGUCUUGGAUUAAGUGAACCUUUAGUAAAAUCGAGGUUUGUAGCCAAAAUUGAUAACGGAGGUAUUUAUCUUCAAUCUCACUAAAUUGAAAAUAAAAAUGAUGAAAGAGAUAUAUAAAUUACAAUAGGAAGAGAUAUUGUAUUAGGUUCUUAAGGUAGUUAAUUAAUAUGCUAAUAACUAGAAUAAAUUAAGGGAAUAAAAAUGCUAUAGCUUAAUAUCUUAGAGAGAAACUAUGUCAAUGAAAAGGGUAUAAAAUAUUUCACAGAUUGUAUUUUAUCAUUGAAAGAUCAGUUAAGCAGUCUCUCUUUAAAUUUUGAUACAAAUAAUUAAAUUGGAGAAGAUUCUUGUGAUCAAUUUAAUCAAAUUUUGAAUCAUCAUUAAAAUCUAAAGCAAUUGCAACUUUCUAUAGGGAGUGGUGAAAAUGUUAAGGAUAAAACAAUAAGUAUAUUUGAAGGAGUCAAACAGAACAAAUUUCUUGAGAAGCUUUAAAUUAAAAUAGGAGGCUAUAAUUAUAUUGGAUCUCAGAGUUUAUUACCUCUUGAAUCAGAUGAAUUUAAAUUAUAGAAUCUAAAAGAGCUAUCACUUAUAAUUGGGAUAGAAAAUAUUAACAGGGCUGCAAUAAAUCAUUUAACUAAAUUUAUUGUAAAUCAUGAGACUAUUCAGAAUCUCUCUAUUAUCAUUUAAGAAUCAUUUGUUUACGAAGAUUUAAGGCAGUUAACCAUGAUCUUAGCAAAGUUUAGGCACUUAAUAACUCUACAUUUUAGAUUCAUGAUAGGAUAUGAAGAUUCAAUAAUAAUUGAAAAGAAGUUAAAGAAAAAUAAAUAUUUAGUAGAAUUAUUUGUAUGA